GCCUCCGUCGGCUGCAUUGUCCGCCCACCGACCCCGCGCCGUCCCGCGUCUCUGCUCCGCGCGCGUCCCGGGCCCGGCUCGGACCGGCGUGAGGCGCCGCCCUCGGGACCCCGACGCGGGAAGAGCCACGCAAGUCUUUCUUCAGGAGAAGUCCCUACCCUGCCCCAUCAUGUCAAGACGAAGCCAGCGCCUCACACGCUACUCCCAGGAUGACAACGAUGGCAGCAGCAGCAGUGGCGCGAGCUCCGUGGCAGGAAGCCAGAGCACCCUGUUUAAAGACAGUCCUCUGAGGACUUUGAAGAGGAAAUCCAGCAACAUGAAGCGCCUGUCCCCAGCUCCGCAGCUGGGCCCCUCCUCUGACUCCCACACCUCCUACUAUAGCGAGUCUGUGGUUCGGGAGUCCUACAUAGGCAGCCCCCGGGCCGCAUCCCUUGCCAGAAGUGCCCUCCUGGAUGACCGUCUACACAGUGAGCCGUACUGGAGUGGGGACCUCCGGGGGAGGAGGAGGAGAGGCACAGGGGGCUCGGAGAGCAGCAAAGCCAACGGGCUCACCACGGAGAGCAAGGUCUCAGAGGACUUUUUCGGCUCUUCCUCAGGCUACUCUUCAGAGGAUGACUUUGCAGGCUACACGGACUCUGAGCAGCAUGGUUCAGGGUCAGGACUAAGGAGUGCAGCAUCUCGGGCAGGCUCAUUUGUCUGGACACUGGUCACUUUUCCAGGCCGACUCUUUGGUCUUCUCUACUGGUGGGUUGGCACCACCUGGUACCGCCUGACGACUGCUGCCUCCCUCCUGGACGUCUUCGUCUUAACCAGGUCCAGGCACUUCUCGCUGAACCUGAAGACUUUCCUGUGGUUCCUCCUGUUCCUGCUGCUCCUGACUGGUCUCACCUAUGGUGCUUGGUAUUUUUACCCCUUCGGGCUGCAUACAUUGCAGCCCACCUUGGCCUCCUGGUGGACAGCAAAGGAGAGCAGGAGGCAGCCGGAGGUGUGGGAAUCCAGAGAUGCCUCCCCACACUUGCAGGCUGAGCAGCGAAUCCUCUCCCGGGUACACUCCCUGGAGCGGCGCCUGGAAACUCUUGCUGCCGAGUUUUCCUCCAACUGGCAGAAAGAAGCCAUACGGCUAGAACGCCUGGAGCUGAGGCAGGGGGCUACUGGUCACGGAGGCGGCAGUGGCCUGAGCCACGAAGAUACCCUGUCUCUCCUGGAAGGGUUGGUGAGCCGUCGUGAGGCUGCCUUGAAGGAGGACUUGCGCAGGGACACAGUGUCUCGUAUCCAGGAAGAACUGGCCACCCUGAGGGCAGAGCAUCACCAAGACUCGGAAGACCUCUUCAAGAAGAUUGUCCAGGCCUCUCAGGAGUCUGAGGCUCAUGUCCAGCAACUGAAGACAGAGUGGCAAAGGAUGACCCAGGAGGCCUUCCAGCAGAGCUCUGUGAAGGAGCUGGGGCGGCUGGAGGCCCAGCUGGCCAGCCUGCGGCAAGAGCUGGCCGCCCUGACUCUGAGACAGGACUCCAUGGCAGAUGAGGUGGGACUGCUGCCACAGAAAAUCCAGGCUGCCAGGGCUGAUGUGGAAUCCCAGUUCCCUGACUGGGUCAGUCAGUUCCUUCUCCGCGAUAGGGGUGCCGGUGGUGGACUCCUACAGAGAGACGAACUGCAUGCUCAGCUGCAGGAGCUGGAGAGCAAGAUCCUUGCCAGCAUGGCUGAGAUGCAGGGCAAGUCAGCCAGGGAGGCUGCAGCCUCUCUGGGACGGACACUGCAGAAAGAAGGCGUGGUCGGGGUGACGGAGGAGCAAGUGCACCGGAUCGUCAAGCAGGCCCUGCAGCGCUACAGUGAGGAUCGAAUUGGAAUGGUAGACUACGCCCUGGAAUCAGGAGGAGCCAGUGUUAUCAGUACCCGCUGUUCCGAGACGUACGAGACAAAGACGGCCCUCCUCAGCCUCUUCGGCAUCCCUCUGUGGUACCACUCUCAGUCACCCCGGGUCAUUCUCCAGCCAGAUGUGCACCCAGGCAACUGCUGGGCCUUCCAGGGGCCUGAGGGCUUUGCCGUGGUCCGCCUCUCUGCCCGGAUCCGCCCCACAGCUGUCACCUUAGAGCACGUGCCCAAGGCCUUGUCACCCAACAGCACUAUCUCCAGUGCUCCCAAGGACUUUGCCAUCUUUGGCUUUGAUGAAGACCUGCAGCAGGAAGGGACACUUCUUGGCACGUUUGUCUACGACCAGGAUGGGGAGCCUAUCCAGACCUUCUAUUUCCAGACCUCUAAGAUGACCACAUAUCAAGUUGUGGAGCUUCGGGUCCUGACCAACUGGGGCCACCCCGAGUAUACAUGCAUCUACCGCUUCCGGGUGCACGGAGAGCCUGCCCACUAGUCAUUUGAGACCUUGUGCCUGCUGCUAGCCAUCCGGGAGGCUCACCCUUCCCAGCAUCUACCCCUGCUCUGAGAGUAGGUGCACAGCAACCCACCACUGCCCGCACAUGCUUGAUUCGCUGACGUCCAGGAGCAGGAGUGAAGAGGCAGCAUGUGUAGGGCGCCCUGCACAGCCAAGCAGCUUGAGGUUGCCAGCAGGCUCUCAUGCCUCUCUCAGUCCUCCUAGAGCUAGACGCCUGCCAGGUGUAUAUAUGUAGCAUGCUUCGGAGGACUGGGAGACAGGAAGUGAAACUAUAUUUGGUGGAGGAACUGGCAUCAGGGGGCCCCUGUAGGUGUCAAAGCCCCAGGGAGGUGAGCUAGGGGUCCUGUGGCCUUUUAGGGCAGUGCUCAGCACUAUGCAGUGGGGAUUGUCUCUGGCAGACGCUGGGUAAAGGCUUCUGUGCCCUUCCAGCAUGGCAGGUACCAUGGCCCAUGGGGCCCCUGGGGUUUCUUGUAUCCUGGAGGGUACCAGCUCCUGUGUGCCUCUGUGGACUGCUGUCUGUGCCAGCCUAGAGGGUCCCCAGUGUUGGGGACCAUUGCUUUUCCUCCUGAUGUGGGUGGGGCUCUAUUCUGCACUUCAUCCCUGCUGUACCCUGCCUGUGCCUGGAGCAAGCUUUCCAUUCCCCCAAGGGAGGACCUAGGCUGUCUUUGGGGCCAUUCCAUCAGGGUAGGAGAGAGGGGAGAUGACUUUGCAGGUUCUCCUGGUCCAGUGCCAAGGUGGUGAGGCUACACUAGCCCACUCCCAUCUAAUGAGACCCUAGUGAGGGCCCUGCCCAUUCUAAAGCAAGUCCCUUAGGCUGUCAGCUCUGGUUUAGAUUGUUUCCCUUCUGGUUCCUCCUCUAGGUGGGCAGUUGGGUAGGGGCUGGGAGGGAGGCUGACAGAAGUUACCUUGUAUGGGGAGGAGGAAGAGACUUUUAGACUUAAGGGCCCUGCUGUAUUAUAUAUAGAAUUCUCAAGUCUUUUUUUUUUUUAACUGAAAAGCUACAGGCUUGAUUCCUAGCCCCAUUCUGAGGGGCACCAGCUGUUACUCAGUUCCUAGUCCUGGCCUCUGAAGGGCUUGGCCCUGGUCUAUGGGAAGGGUCAGAGGCGCUGCCAGGCAGGGCAAGCACAAGCCCUGCCCUCAGGGCUGUUUUGCGCUCUCCUGUCACAAAUGCUGCACUGUUGGUUCUUAAAAAAAAAAAAAAAAUCUCUCCAGACUCUAAUUUAUGCCUAUGCAAAAAAAUAAAAUAAAAAUAAAGACUGCCCAGGAUCAAUGCAUUA